AUGAACUCUGAGAGGACUCACAGCUUGGCAUCCGUGUCGAGCGCCGUCGCGCUGGAAGGAAAUCAGAUGAGCGGCUGCAAUGUCGGUAGCCCGACUACGGACCCGCUCAUCGCCUUUGGCACCAAUGAAUGCUACGACCCGAUUUCGGGAAGCGCGAUGCCGCCGGAGCCGGCGAGCAACCGCAGCCCAUCGUGCCUCGACCGCCUCUCAAACAUCAUGCCGGCGGGCGGCAUGCUGGCGACGGGCUUUUCGAUGGCGUCCACCGUGAUUGGUGCUGGCGUGCUCGGCCUCCCGGCAUACGCAGAUGUGGGUUACAUCAUGGGCAGCGUGUACCUUUUCCUGAUCACCGCAGAGACCAUCUACUCGAUGCGCAUGGUGGUUGUGGUAGCGGAAAAGACGGGCCUGCGAUCGUACGAAGACAUGGCCCGGUAUCUCGUGCACCCGAACUGCACUUAUGCCGUCGUGGCGAUUCGUUUUGUGCACUCGCUGGGCGCGCUCAUUGCGUACGUCGUGAGCGCUGGCGAUCUCCUCAGCACGGUGAUUGACAGCACCGACGCACCAGAAUUCCUGACGAAAUCGACUGGCCAAAACUUGCUGGUGGCAGCGGUGUGGCUCUUGCUCUUCUUGCCGGUUGCCCUUCCGCGUCAGGUGAACGCGCUGCGCUACGUGUCGACGGUAGGCCUCGGCAUGAUCCUGCUGCUGUGCUUCUGCGUCAUCGUCCACUCCGCCAUGAACACCAAUCGCCCGGCGGUGCGUGCCAUUGUCACCGGUAACCGCCAUUGCGGCGGCAUUGGCGUUUUCAUUUUCAGCUACAUGUGCCAGGUGAACGUGCUCGACUGCGUGCGCGAGAUGCGCAACUGCACGCUGACGCGCUUCACGCUGUGCGCCACCGUGAGCAUGUCCGUGUGUGGCUUUCUUUAUUUCCUGACGGGCCUCUUCGGUUACCUCGACUUUGGCAACGAUGUCAGCUCCUCCAUCCUCGGGAUGUACGACCCGUUCGCGGAGAAACAGUUCCUCGUCAGCUACAUCGGCGUGCUCAUCAAGCUUUGCGCGUCCUACGGUCUUCUGAGCAAUGCUGCGCGCAGUGCCGUGUACUCGGUCAUUGGGUGGGACCCCCUCACCGUCGUCUUCUGGAAGCACGCCAUCUUUGCCAUAACCAUGUCCGUAGUGUCGCUCAUUGGCGGCAUGUUCAUUCCAAAGGUCACUUUAGUCUUCAGCUUCACGGGUGGCGUUUGCGGCGGCUUCAUUGCUUUCAUCUUCCCCGCGCUGUUUUACAUGUACUCGGGGAACUGGACGUGGCGCUCCGUUGGCAUCCUAAACUACGUCAUGACUUACCUUGUGCUCUGCGCUGGAGUCUUGGCGGUCGUUUUCGGCACGGCCAGCACCAUCUAUGACGUCUUCCCAAGCUCCGAUGAUGACGUCACCAACUUGCUUUCCGGUGACUUCUGA